CAGACACGCAUCGCUGCCUAGACCAGCCGCACCCCACACCUUCCUUGCAUCCUUCGGUUUCCUCUCAUUCUCGUUCUGACGGAGCCUCUGCCCAACCGCGUCACUUGCAUCACCUUCCUCUCGUUGGUGUCACAGCAUCAUGGCGGCAGAUUCUGAUCCGGUUGGACUCAUCUCAGAUGCCCUGAACUCGUCGUCUCAGACGAGCACAUCACAAGUUGGCAUCGCUACAGCAGCCUACGUGGGCAUUGCAAUUGUGACACUCUUCAUCUUCUGCCUCUUGCGACCCAACAACAAGAUCGUCUACCAGCCCAAGCUAAAGUAUGCGGAAGGUGACAAGCGGCCGCCUCCGAUGUCGGAUGGCUUGUUCAGCUGGGUUGCCCCUGUGCUCAGACACAAGGAAGCAGAUCUGCUGCCCCUCGUCGGCCUCGAUGCUGUCACCUUCCUUCGCUUCUGCCGGAUGGUCCGCAACAUUAUCACAGUCCUCGCCAUCGUCAUGUGCGCUGUACUUAUCCCGGUGGAUGUAUCAUACAAUCUGACCACAGGCAAGAGCAGCGCUUCGAAGCAGGCUGGAUUGAACAUCCUCACCAUGGCAGAUAUCUCUGGAGCGUUCAUCUGGGCUCACGUGGCCAUGAGCUACAUCGGAACCAUCAUUGCUCUAGGUUUCAUCUGGCACAAUUACCGUCACAUGGUCCGUCUGCGUUGGGAGUGGUUCCGCUCCGAGGAAUACCAGUCCCAUCUGUACGCCCGGUCUCUAAUGAUCACCGGUGUCAAUCGCCAGCAAAGGUCGGAUCAGGCCCUGGCUGGGCUGCUCUCAUCUAUUGGAAUGCCCUACCCGACGACGGACGUACAUAUUUCGCGCGUUGUCGGUCAACUGCCUGAGCUCAUCGAGGAGCAUGACAACACUGUACGCCAACUCGAAAAGGUCUUGGCUAAGUGGCUCAAAGGCAAGGAUUCUGUCCCGGCCGCCAGACCUCAGAUGCGGCUCGGCGGACUGUGCGGCAUUGGCGGUAGAAAAGUCGAUGCAGUGGACUAUCUCACAAAACGUAUCAAUUUGCUCGAGGAAGGUGUCAACCAGUGGAGGGACCGCAUUGGUGAAAAGAAGCCGGAAUCUUAUGGAUUCGCUGCCAUGGCAACGGUACCCUUUGCUCAUGCAGCUGCAAAGUCGCUGCAAGGCAAGCAUCCUCGUGGCGUUACCAUCGCACUUGCGCCACCUCCGAGAGAUAUCCUCUGGCAGAACUUAACCCUCACUAAAUUUCAGAGGGCCAAGUCGAGUUCAUGGGGCUUCUUCAUUCUCUCGAUCCUCCUCUUCGUCAAUGCGGUACCUCUUCUGGCAGUCGCACUUAUCUCGCAGAUGUCCAAGUUCACAGGAGUUCUUGGCUUCCUUGCCAGCUGGCAGUCGGCGAGUCAGUACACAUUCUCUGCAGUUGCGGGUCUCGCCCCACCUGCUAUUUCGGGUCUCUUCGGUUACUUCCUUCCCCCUCUUAUGCGCAAGAUCGGUAAAUACCGAGGUGUCACCACAAGGAAUAAGCUCGACCGUGUCAUCACCUCUCAAUACUUUGGAUUCCUAGUCAUCUCUCAGUUCUUGAUCUUCACGCUAGUUGGAGUCGCUGUCACCACCAUUGCACAGAUCGUCGAGCAGGUGCAAGACGAUGAAAGCGUGGACUCAAUUCUGGGCUAUCUCAGCGGCGUUGUUCUCGGCACUGUCAAGUAUCAAUAUCUCAACAUGGCCAACUACUGGCUCACAUGGGUUGCCCUACGCCUCUUCGUCAUCACCUUUGACAUGUCACAGGCCCUCAAGCUCAUCCUGACCUGGAUCCAGUCUGCUUUCCUUGGCCGUACUCCACGAGACAUCCGACACUUCACGAAGCCACCGGCGUUCGAAUACUCGGUCUAUUAUGCCAACAUGCUAUUCAUCUUCGCUGUCGGCAUGCUGUACGCCUGUCUGGCACCGCUGGUAUUGGCGUUCAUCGCAGUCUGUCUAUGGGCGACUUGCUUCCUGCUCAAGUACAUCCACAUGUAUGUGGCCGUCACAAAGAACGAGUCUGGUGGUCGUCUGUGGCGAGUUGUAGUCAACCGCCUCUUUGUUUGCAUCAUCUUCAUGCAGCUUGUGCUGGCCUUGGCGGUCGCUCUUGAGCAGCACUACGAGGCGUUCGCCUGCCUUCCACCCGUCCUCAUCGUCGUUGGCUUCAAGAUCUACUGCCGUCGAGUCUUCGACCGCGAAUACGACUGGUACAUUCCUGACGCCAAUGAGAUCUCGAAGCUGAAGGCGCACACUGGAGAUGCGAGUCACAAGCGUCUUGCUCGACGUUUCGGUCAUCCCUCGCUGCACCAGAAGCUCUUUACGCCCAUGGUCCACGCCAAGAUCAAGCAUUUGUUGCCCAAGGUCUACCAAGGUCGUCUGGACGACGUUGGUAUGCAAGAUGUCGACGGUUUCAAGGCCGACGUCGAGGAGCUCAAUGGUGGUUUGAAAAUCGCCGCUGUGGAAGAGCAAGAUUGCGUCUACGACCCCCACCUGGACAACGAUGCUGCUUCGAUCUUCUCAAGUACUACUGUCGGUCGACCUCUGGGCGGCGCCUCUCCAGGACCGCCUUCGAGGUCUGGUACAUUCGAUCCUCGAUUCCAAGCUCAGUACAACAACUACAUGGCAGGCGGACCUGGUACACGCAGUGUCGAGGCCUUCGAGAUGGGCCAAAUGUCUUUCGGAUCGCAAGAGAACUUGCUGGAGAAGACAUCACAGGCGUACCAAGGACGUUCCGGACCUGUCGGAAGCCAACAGCCUACCCGUCAGGGCUCCGUCAAUACGAUGAUGACCUUCAACAACUCUUCGAAUCGGCCGUCCCCGGCAGCCGAAGUGCCACCCAUGAUCUAUCAGCAUUCCAACCAAGGCUCGAUGAGCUCUCUCAAUUACUUCCCGCAACCUGGACACACCCAACUGGCUGGCCGGCAGCCUGUAGUCUCUGCUUCAGACCAGUAUGCAGGCUCAGCUCCUACAUACGCUAGUCCUCAGAGCUACUCGCCACAGAUGCUCCCUCAAGGCGCAGCUCCAGCUGCCCCUGCUGAUCGAGCUUCUCCUGGUCCAUCACUCGGCUACGUUCCGCCGCCGCAGAGGAUGGGUACAGGACCUUCACCAGUGUAUUAUAACGCCCCCAACCCCUCUGCACAGCGCAGUAUGUACCAGCCUGGUCCGCCACGCAGCUAUGCUCCGUCUCAGGUCUCGGGCCCUCCAUCCUCCGUUGGACCUGCCCCAAUGUACACCGACGCAAGCGAGGGCGACGCUUCCCUAGCGGCUGCUGCAAUGUACGGUGAUGGCGGUGCUGGAGCCCAACCUGCCUACCCACCGGCACGGCAGUACACGUCCUCUCCAAGCAGACAACCGGGCUACCCACCUCAUUCCGGUAAUGGGGCUGGCUACAGACCACCUCCCCAAUAGGCAAAGGGCGUCGGGGAAGAUUCCUGAUUGGCCCUAGCGGCCCCCGCCCUAUCUGCCAAAAUCAACUGUAUUUGUCACCACUCUUCCGGACCCAUCUCACGAACACUCGC